AAUUUAGUUAUUUAGUACUAUUCGUGCUCUUAGAUGUUUAUUUGACAACAGUUAAUUUGACAAAAUGUUCAACUUUGGCAGUUGAUUUUCACUUUGACAUGGCAAUCUUGAACAAUAUCCGGAUUGGCGACACUAAUUCGUAGUGUGCAAUAGAAGGAAGCGGGGUGACUAAGGGGCAUCGCUUCCCACAUGUAAAGGGCAUCCUAAAAAAGGAACGAGAAAAUGGUCCGCGCCAGACAGACCCGCGUAUUGCUCCUAAAUGACAUGGAGAGACUGGAGAGAACUCUGUUCCGGCUAGAGCAAGGCUUUGAGCUCCAGUUCCGCCUGGGCCCCACUCUGCAGGGAAAGCAUGUCUAUGUCCACACCAACUACCCAGCAGAAGGAGAGAAGUUUGAACGUGUUAAGUUCCGUCCCCUGGACUGGGUCAACACCGCAGGGAAAGAGGAUGACUCGGACAAGUACUGUAAACUGGACCUGAAGGUGGCCGGCUCAUAUCAGUACUACUUUGGUUGUGGGAACAAUGAGAAGGUGGGUGGUGGCUACAUCGUGGUGGACCCUGUCCUGCGUGUGGGGGAAGAUAACCACGCCUUGCCGCUGGACUGUGUCACCAUCCAGACCUACCUGGCCAAGUGCCUCGGACCCCUGGACGAGUGGCCUGACAGGCUCCGGGUUGCCAAGGAGACCGGUUACAACAUGAUCCACUUCACUCCUCUGCAGAAGCUGGGCCUCUCUCGCUCUUGCUAUUCCCUGGCUGACCAGCUGGAGCUCAACCCGGACUUCUCUCCCCCGGGGAAGAACUACACCUGGAUGGACGUGGGUCAGCUGGUGGACAAGCUGAAGAAGGAGUGGAACAUGGUCUGCAUCACCGACGUGGUCUACAAUCACACAGCUGCCAACAGCAAGUGGAUCCGGCUUCACCCAGAGUGUGGCUACAACCUGGUGAACUCACCCCACCUGAAACCCGCCUGGGUGCUGGACCGCGCCCUGUGGCACCUCACCUGCGACCUGGCUGACGGGGUAUACGCCGAGCUGGGGGUCCCCGCCCUCGUAGAGACCCAAACGCAGCUGAAGGCACUGCGCCAGCUGCUGUUGGAGGAGGUCUACCCCAAGCUCAAGCUGUGGGAGUUCUUCCAGGUCAACGUGGAGAAAACAGCGGAGCAGUUCUUGAAGCUGCUGCAGUCAGGUAGUCUCUCAGGUACAGCAGACCCUGACAGCAAGAAGCAGUUAAUGAUCCUCCAGGACCCCCAGUGCAGGCGCUUUGGUAACUCUGUGGACAUGUCCUCUGCCCUGGAGAUCUUCAUACCUCACCGUAAUGGGCCCUCGGCCUUAACAGAUUGCUGUGACUUGUUCAAGAAGAAGCUUGAACAGGUUAACCUGGAACGGGUUAAGGAAAUGCAGCAUCACCAGGAGAAGGCAAUCGACUGCAUCAUGGGGACUGUAGUUUACGAACGUCUUGCAGACCACGGGCCUAAGCUUGGACCCAUUACAAGGAAGGAUCCACUUGUAACAAGAUAUUUCACCUUCCCCUUUGAAGAGGUGACCUUCGAGCAGGAAAUGCAGCUGAUGAACCAGGCUGACAAGGCUUGUCACUUCCUGGCUCACAAUGGCUGGGUGAUGGGAGACGACCCACUGAAGAACUUCGCAGAGCCUGGUUCUCAGGUGUACCUGCGGAGGGAGCUGAUCUGCUGGGGGGACAGCGUGAAGCUGCGUUACGGGGACAAGCCCGAGGACUGUCCCUACCUGUGGGCCCACAUGAAGAUGUACACGGAGAUCACAGCCAAGCACUUCGCUGGUGUCCGCCUCGACAACUGUCACUCUACACCCCUGCACGUGGCUGAGCACAUGCUGGAUCACGCUCGCCAGCAGCGGCCUGACCUGUAUGUGGUGGCCGAGCUCUUCACCGGGAGUGAGGAGCUGGACAAUGUGUUUGUCACUAGGCUGGGCAUUACCUCUCUCAUCAGAGAGGCCAUGAGUGCAGGGGACAGCCAAGAGGAGGGCAGACUGGUGUACAGGUUUGGCGGGGAGCCUGUGGGCUCGUUCGUCCAGCCCAGUCUGAGGCCUCUGGUGCCCUCCAUCGCCCAUGCCAUGUUCCUGGACGUCACCCACGACAACGAGUGCCCCAUUCAGAUUCGCUCCGUGUACGAUUCCCUCCCCAGCUCUGCUAUCGUCUCAAUGGCCUGCUGUGCUAUAGGCAGCACUAGAGGAUACGACGAGCUGGUCCCUCACCAGAUCUCAGUGGUGAAGGAGGAGCGCUUGUACCCCCGGUGGAAUCCAGGCGCCAAGCCCGCGUCCCCAGGGGAGGUGAAUAUCAGGACGGGGAUCAACGCUGGCAAAUUGGCCCUCAACAAGCUGCACAAGGAGCUGGCCGCAAAGGGCUUCUCUCAGGUCUAUGUGGACCAAGUGGAUGAGGACGUAGUGGCUGUGACCAGACACAGCCCCAGCACACACGAGUCAGUGGUGGCUGUGUCUCGCACUGCAUUCAAGAACCCCAAGACCCACCCUUACAAAGAAGAUGCCCCCCCCAUGUUCAUCCCAGGUAAAAUAGAGGAGGUGGUCCUAGAGGCCAGCACUGUGGAGAGGAUGUCCGGGCCCUACAGCAAGGACGAGGACAACAUCAACGGGCUGCCUGGCUACACUGUGGAGCUCCGAGAACACAUCCAGCUGAGGGACAGCAAGAUCGCGAAGCAGGCGGACGUCAAGGCCAAAGGCCGCAGUGAAUUCAUCCAGGAGAUCGCGUUCAAGCACCUCACUCCUGGGAGUGUCAUUGUCUUCAGGGUGAGUCUUGACCCCACGUCCCAGGAGAUGGUUGGGAUCCUGAGGCGCCACCUGAUCCAGUUCAGCUCCCAUUACGAGGCAGGGAGUGUGCAGGGUGACCACAUACCUGAGAUCCUCACCUCUCCUCUGGACUUUAUCAUGUCUAACCUCACACUGGCAGACAUGAACAUGUUGUUAUUCCGCUGUGACGAAGAGGAGAAAGAGGAUGGGGGAGGCUGCUACGGUAUCCCUUCCUGGAUGCCUCUCAAGUAUGGUGGCCUGCAAGGUCUGAUGUCGGUGAUGUCAGAGAUCCGUCCGAAGAACGACCUGGGCCACCCGUUCUGUGACAACCUGCGUCAGGGUGACUGGAUGAUCGACUACGUCAGCAAGCGCCUGGUCGCCAAGGGAGGGGCCCUGGGGGAGGUGGGCGCUUGGUUCCAGGCCAUGUUCAGCUACCUGAAGCACAUCCCUCGCUACCUGGUGCCCUGCUACUUUGACGCCAUCGUCGUUGGGGCCUACUCUACAGCCCUGGAUGUCGUCUUCAAGAACAUGUCCGGCUUCGUGCAGAAUGGUUCCACCUUUGUUAAGCAGCUCGCUCUGGGCUCAGUGCAGAUGUGUGGGGUGGGCAAAUUACCUGCCCUGCCCCCCCUUUCCCCUAAACUCAACGAUGUGCCCUACCGCCUCAGUGACGUCACCAAGCAGGAAGAGCAGUGCUGCGUCUCCAUGGCGGCAGGUCUGCCUCACUUCUCAUCGGGGAUCUUCCGUUGCUGGGGCAGAGACACUUUUAUUGCCCUCAGAGGCCUGAUGCUGGUGACUGGCAGACACCUGGAAGCCAGGAACAUCAUCCUAGCCUUCGCGGGUACCAUGCGCUACGGCCUGAUCCCCAACCUGCUGGGCCAGGGCACCGGCGCCCGCUACAACUGCCGUGACGCCGUGUGGUGGUGGCUGCAGUGCAUCCAGGACUACGUGCGCUUGGUGCCCGGCGGAGCCAACAUCCUCAUGUGCCCCGUCUCCAGAAUGUACCCCACCAACGUGUCUGAACCGCAGCCCGCAGGAGCCUGGGACCAGCCCCUGUAUGACCUCGUCCAGGAAGCCAUGCAGCGUCACAUGCAGGGGAUUGAGUUCAGGGAGCCGAACGCUGGCCCGCAAAUUGACAGCCACAUGAGUGAUGAAGGCUUCAAUGUUGAGGCCAAGGUCAGUGAAGACACCGGGUUUGUUUAUGGAGGCAACCGUCAUAACUGCGGCACCUGGAUGGAUAAGAUGGGAGAGAGUGUGAAAGCUCGCAACAAAGGUGUCCCAGCCACACCCAGGGAUGGAUCCGCGGUGGAGAUAGUGGGGUUGUGUAAGUCCACUAUCCGCUGGCUGAUCCAGCUCCAGAAGAAGGGACUGUUCCCUUACACCACCGUCACCAUUCGUAGAGAAGAUCGGAAUCUCUCUGUGACCUAUGAGGAGUGGGACAGGAAGAUCCAGGAGAACUUUGAGCUGAAGUUCUACGUGUCCCAUGACCCUCAGGACCCCAACGAGAAGCACCCUGAACUGGUCCAUAAGAGAGGCAUCUACAAGGACAGCUAUGGCGCCUCCAGCCCCUGGUGUGACUACCAGUUACGAUCCAACUUCCCCAUUGCCAUGGUCGUGGCCCCUGAGUUGUUCACUGUGGAUAAAGCCUGGGAGGCCCUGGAUGUAGCUGAGAAGAAGCUGCUCGGGCCCCUCGGGAUGAAAACACUGGAUCCAGAUGACAUGGUUUACUGUGGAGUUUACGACAAUAGUCUUGAUAAUGACAACCACAACCUGGCUAAGGGCUUCAACUAUCAUCAGGGACCCGAGUGGCUUUGGCCUGUGGGAUACUUCCUGCGAGCCAAGUUGUACUUUGCCAAGAAAAUGGGGCCUGACAUAUACAACAAGACUGUCUACCUGGUGAAAAAUGUCCUUUCUCGGCACAACAUCCACUUGGAGAGGUCGUCAUGGAAGGGCCUGCCAGAGCUGACCAAUGAGAACGGCCAAUACUGCCCCUUCAGCUGUGAGACCCAGGCUUGGUCCAUUGCCACCAUUCUGGAGGUCCUGCAUGACAUGUGACCAGCGAGACCCUCGUCCCCUCAGCGCUCUGCCAGUCUGCCUGUCCUCCAUGAACUGUGAACCAAAACCACUAGCUUCCUCAAUACUCCCCGUCAAACAAGACUGUGGAGGUUGAACACGUUUCCCUGUCUGGUCUGUGAUGGAGGACCACAACUGCAGUCCUGUCAAGUCUUCAUAGCCUUCCUCUGUGACAGAGCUGAUGUCUACUUCCUCAUCACUGUGUGUCAGCCUAUUAUCUCUGAUCUACUAUGCAAGAACGUUAUCUAAUACCUCUGGUGUUUUGAGGCAUACUAGAUUUCGCACACUGUGCCACCCUUCCUGUCUUUCUGGACUAAAACAACUUCAUGGAUGAAGAGAAAUUCUCAACACACACAUUGUAUGACUGUGACCUGACAAAUCCCAUAGAUUGGCAUCAUAGCUCACUACUCGAAAGCUUUGCCCAGUGGAUGACCUUAGAUAGCUCUUAAUGCUGAGUCAGAGUGACAAUGCUGGUUACUUUGUUUCGUGUCAAUGUGGUUUACCUCUACGUACGUGCCAUGCAUGGUUUUUCUGUCACUCAUCAGUCAGGGUUCGAAAUUAGGGGGGGCUGAGGACCCCCAUAAUAAUUGUUUUUAUUUGAGGGUCCCACAAAACUAGCAUUUUUCAUUAUGUAUCACGUCAGUAGACCUUGAUAUAAUUUUCAGGAGUGAAUAUCAGGUAGGCUAAUCUUAAAUUAUUGUACAAAAUAUUCAAAUUCCAAACCUAAGAUUUUGUAACAUUAAAAAGUGAUUAAGAUAUGGAUAACAUAACAAAAUACUAAUCAAAAUGUUUUAUGAUACAAUUGAUGGGGAACCACAACGAGUCAGAUCAUUUCGAACCCUGAUCUGAGUAAAUCUGCAAUAUCAUUAAGAAUUACAAUGUGGCAUGUUUAUUCUUAUAUCUGCACUCUUAAAAUUUUGACAAGUAGGAUAAUUUAUAACUAUGCACUUGUGUGAUAAGUAGCAUGCAUCCCAUCAUUCUCGUUAUUAAAACUAGCGUGAAUCACAUCAGUACAUCAGUAAAGAAAUAAAUGCUGAAGUCAUCAA